AUGGACCCCGCGGGCUUAAUAGACAAUAACGUAGUUGCUGCUCUUCCAGAUGUCGCGGAAAUUCUCGAGACGAAAUACCAUGGAGAAUCAUCGUGGGCGAAAGCAACUCGUGUGAGAGUGCUACACAGCGAUGGAAGAACGGAAGACUACUUCAUGAAGGUUUCUAUCGGCCACCACGGUCGUGAAGCACUCAAAGGUGAAUUUGAGUCCACCUUGGCCAUUUAUAACAUCUCCCCCGACUUCUGUCCCAAGCCAAUCGCUUGGGGUACCUUCGCCAGUGAUCCGACGUCGCACUUUUACAUUUGCAAAUUCUACGACUUUAUCGAAGGUGUUCCUGAGCCCAAAGGCUUUGCAGAAAGGCUUGCACGGCUUCAUUCUAGUCAUACUUCUCCUGACGGAAAGUUUGGAUUCCACUGCGCGACAUACAAUGGCAAUUUACCGCAGGAUAAUUCGUGGUUCGAUAGUUGGGAGGCUUUCUUCGCAAAUGGCCUCCGACAUGUGCUAAAGAUUCGCGAGGAGAGAGCCGGGCCCAACGUCGACUUGGAUAGUCUUCUCCCUACCUUAUUUAAUAGAAUCAUACCGCGGCUUCUACGCCCGCUAGAGAGUGACGGCCGUAAGAUAUUGCCUUCGCUAGUCCAUGGCGACCUUUGGUAUGGCAACGCUGGAAUCGUCGACGAAGGCACCGAAGAGGGCAUAGUAUACGACCCGGCUAGCUUCUGGGCGCAUAAUGAAUAUGAGCUUGGCAACUGGCGCCCCGAGCGAAACAAGUUCACUCGUCGAUAUUUUAAGGCGUAUCACUCUCAUAUCCCCAAGUCUGAGCCUCAGGAAGACUACGACGAUCGGAAUGCACUUUACUCCUUGAGAUUCAAUCUACAUGCUGCCGCCAUGUUUCCAGAUCAGGGAACGUUUCUACAAAUGGCGAUCGACGAGAUUAGAAGGCUUGCAGAACGAUAUGACUAUCGUAAGAUACCUAUUUCAAAUCAACUUCGCCUCGCCAUCAAUUUUACCAUGGACCUCCCUGAUACCUUUGUUUUGAACAACGGCCGGAGGGUUCCUGCCAUUGGCCUCGGAACCUUUCAAGGCGAAGAGGGAAAUUCUCUAGUCAAGAAUGCUGUGAAGUUGGCUCUGGCACAGGGUUAUCGGCAUAUUGAUGGGGCCCACGCUUACGGAAAUGAAAAGGAAAUCGGCGAGGCUAUUAAAGAGAGUGGCAUCCCCCGGGAAAAGAUAUUCGUAACGUCCAAACUUGCCCAGACAUGGCAUGAUCCUUCCGAUGUUGCAAGAGCCUUGGAUGAAUCGCUUGUGAAUCUUCAGCUAGACUAUGGUAUUAGAACACCCCAGACACUAAAGUUGUAA